AUGGAGCGCAUCCCCAGCGCGCAGCCCCCGCCCGGCUGCCUGGGCAAGCUGCCCGCCCUGGAGAGCGGAGACCUGCCGGGGCUGGACUUCGCGCACAUGUACCAGGUGUACAAGCCGCGGAGGGGCUUGAAGAGGAGCGAGGACAACAAGGAGACCUACAAGCUGCCGCACCGGCUGAUCGAGAAGAAGAGGCGCGACAGGAUCAACGAGUGCAUCGCGCAGCUCAAGGACCUGCUGCCCGAGCACCUCAAGCUGACGACUCUAGGGCACCUGGAGAAGGCUGUGGUUCUGGAGCUCACCUUGAAGCACGUGAAGGCACUGACCAAUCUCAUCGAGCAGCAGCAGCAGAAGAUCAUCGCUCUGCAGAGCGGUUUGCAGGCGGGUGACCUGUCAUCGAGAAACCUCGAUUCCAGCCAGGAAAUGUUUCGAUCCGGUUUCCAGAUGUGUGCCAAGGAAAUGCUGCAAUACCUGGCGAAGCACGAGAACGGCAAGGAGCUGAAGUCGUCGCAGCUGGUCAGCCACCUGCACCGGAUGGCCAGCGAGGUGCUGCAGGGCGGGGCGGCCCGCAAGCCCGGGGACAUCCCUCCCAAAAUGGUGGACUUGAAGGAGAAGCCGGUGGCCCUGGGCGAGGGCCACGGGAAGAACUGCGUGCCCGUGAUCCAGCGGACAUUCGCUCACUCCAGCGGGGAGCAGAGCGGCAGCGACACGGACACGGACAGCGGGUACGGGGGAGAGCUGGAGAAAAGCGACUCCAAAUCGGAACAGCCCUAUUUCAAAAAGGAUACCGACCUCAAGUACGCUGUCCAGGAGAGAAUAAGCUCUAUUAAACAAGAGACUGAGGACCCGCCGGCCAAAAGGAGCAGGCUGGAGUCGCCGCAGGACGAGGGCCCUUUUGGCAGUGACAUGAUGGGCUCUUCCAGCAGCUUCCUGGGCCCCCACGCUCACCAGCCUCCCCUGUGCCUGCCUUUCUACCUGAUCCCGCCGUCUGCCACCGCCUACCUGCCCAUGCUGGAGAAGUGCUGGUACCCAGCCUCGGUGCCCGUGUUGUACCCCAGCCUGCCGGCCUCUGCCGCCGCACUCUCGGGCUUCAUGAACCCCGACAAAAUCUCCCCCCCUCUUCUGAUGCCCCAGAGACUCCCCUCUCCUGUACCAGCCCAUUCCCCCAUCGACUCCUCAGCUCUGCUUCAAGCUUUGAAGCAGAUUCCUCCUUUGAACUUGGAAACCAAAGACUGAGCGCAGUGUGACUGGUUUUUCUCUUAUUUUCUUUUUUUGGUUUUUUGUUUUUUUUUUUUUAGUUUGAGAGACUGUUUCACUUUUAUAUAUUGGCUGGACUGAGGUGUGGGGACGAGGUUCACUGUGCGUAGGAAGCUAAAUCCC